GACUUUAAAAUAGCAUCUCCGAGAGUACCUCUAUCUUUUCAUUGGAUAUUUGCUUGGAACCUUCUAAAUUCAAAGUUCAAACAUGUCUCCUACGCUUUCUUUGACUUUUCUUCCUCUUGCUUCUAAUCAUCACCCUCUGCCAUAUAAAUCCUUCCUCUAAUAAACAAGGCAACGCAGCCACACACGAAUACCAAUAUACAUGGGUUCUUACGAGGGAAGACCAUUGGUGAUGGAAAUGGAGCACGAACGAGGUUUUGAAGGCCUGGAAGAUGUUAGCGGAUGCGGAUGCGGAUGCUUUCGUAGUCUCAGCUUGAGGUGGUGGCGCGGCGACGAAGAAGGUAAGCGUUUACUGGCGGAGCAAAAGGGCGUCGGCGGCGAAGGAGAACCAUGGAUGAUGGAAAAGUUAAGGAAGGUGAAGGAGGCUUCGGAAGUGAUUGCGGGUCCAAAGUGGAAAACUUUCAUAAGAAAGAUAAGUGGGUAUGGCAAGAAGCAUCAAAAGCAGAGGUUUCAAUAUGAUGAACACAGUUAUGCUCUUAACUUCAAUAGUGGAGCUCAAAGCGAAGAUGAAGAUCACAUACCUCCAAGUUUCUCAGCCAGAUUUUCUGCUCCUAUUCCUGUUGGUCGCCGCCAAAAUGAGUCAUGAUAUUAAUAUAAAAUUCUGUGUAUACUAAUUUUAAGAUUGAUUCAUUCAGUAAAAUUUGUUCACAUGUUAUUCGUAUUUUUCCUAUAUAGUUAGCUGAAUUCAUUUGAUUCAACUCAAUAUGUAAAGAUCACUAUAUUCUUUUUGUUCAUAAUUUUACGUGCUA